CGAUCAUCAAUCACUCACGCGGGAAACUAAGCCCGGCGCUGGUGUUUCUUCCCCGCCGACUCGGAACCCACUUUUCCUGUGGACCCCAUCUGAAUAUCCAUCCAGCCUGCUCACUUUUGUCACUCUUUAUACCACAGAAACCGAGAUCGGGCUAUCGUCCUCUCAGCUUCCCUUUCGCUCCUCUUGCUCGCUGAACCGACUAAGCCGCCAGCGAGCAAACGACACGCGCACAAGAGUUUCCUGCUCUUCAUAUCUCUCAGCAAAGCCCUCGCACGACGCGACAAGAUAACAGAUCCCCACAAAUCAGACAUGAUGCGCGAAGACCACGACCCGUUCUCCACGCCCGUCUCUCACCCCAUGACGCCCUACUCCGACGGCCCAAGUACCCCGCCCUUCCAAACCCCCGCCCUGUAUGGACCCCCGCUGUCUCAGCAGCAGCAGCAGUACCCGCCCCUGCAACCCCCCUUCGUGUCGCUCGCGCCGUCAUACGGCAGCAGCCGGGACUCCCAGGACGAUCCGGCGCGGCACCACGCAUCCCCGAGCCCCCUCGCCAGUGGCAUGGUCGGCCUCCUCCCUGCCGGUGCACCAGCGAUGGGCGGCGGUGGGUACGGCGGGAAGCCAGGCACGUACCACCCAGGCGUUCGCUCCCGUGCCGCUGCGCGCAAGAAGCACCGGCUCAUCGGGGCGGGAGCCGUCGCGGUCCUCGCCGUGAUCGUGCUUGUUGUGGUCAUCCCUGUGUACUUCGCGGUCAUCAAGAAACACCAGGAUGCGAAGCACAGCAGCGGCUCUGGCAGUGGCGGUGGCGGAGACAGUGGCGGCAGCAGCGGUUCUAGCCCUGGGAAGGGGAACGUCGCUGUAACUGUCACGGGAGGAGACGGGAGUACCGUUGUGAUGGACGAUGGGUCCACAUUUGUGUAUUCGAAUUCAUUUGGCGGAGUUUGGAUGGCAGAUCCGACGGGCGCUAACCCGUUCCUGAGCGGGGCCAAGCCUAAUGCAUGGACACCCGCGAUUAACGAGACCUGGACGUGGGGUAAGGACAAGAUUUAUGGGGUCAAUCUCGGCGGAUGGUUUAUCUUGGAGCCUUUCAUCACCCCGGCGCUGUUCCAAGCUUACCCAGCCGCCUCAGAUGAAUGGACGCUGUCAGCCUUGUGGCGGGCUGCUGUCGGUGACCAGGCGUUCUCCGCUGCCAUGGAGGACCAUUAUGCCAACUUUAUUACGGAAGCGGAUUUCGCACAGAUCGCAGGCGCGGGAUUGAAUUGGGUUAGAAUUCCGAUCCCGUUCUGGGCUAUCGGCGUCUGGUCUGACAUUGGGACGGACGGUACCCAUCAAGUAGCAGAGCCCUUUUUGGAAACCGUCUGCUGGAAAUAUAUCGUGCGGGCUCUGGGAUGGGCCCGGAAGUACGGGAUCCGCGUUAAUCUGGAUCUUCACACUGCACCAGGGUCGCAGAAUGGAUACAAUCAUUCUGGCAAGGGAGGCCAGGUCAACUUCUUGAAUGGGCCGAUGGGUGUGGCCAACGCCGAGCGGAUGCUUGACUAUAUUCGCAUCAUCGUCGAGUUCAUCAGUCAGCCUGAAUGGGCAGAUUUGAUCCCCAUGUUUGGAAUUGUGAACGAGGCGCUGCUGAGCACGAUCGGCAAAAGUCAAAUCACGAGCUUCUACCUGCAGGCACACAACAUGAUCCGGGGCAUCACAGGGAUUGGGGAAGGUCACGGGCCGUAUAUCAGCAUCCACGACGGAUUCAUUGGCGUGUCCAACUGGGGCGGGUUUCUGCCAGGGUCGGACCGGAUCAUCAUGGACACGCACCCGUAUUUUGCGUUUGACCAGCAGCCGAACGAUUCGCCGAUCGCCACGAGCGACCAAGUGGGUGUCCUUGCGGGUGGAAUCUGGCCGAAACAGGCGUGCAGUGCCUGGGGACCGGGCAUCAACACUAGUCACGUGGAAUUUGGAGUGACUGUGGCGGGUGAAUUCAGCAACGGAUACAACGACUGCGGGCUGUUCCUGACGGGGGUGAAUAACACUGCCCACUAUGGCGGAGACUGCGCGUUGUGGGAAGACUCACAGAACUGGAAUGCGAGUGUCAAAGCAGGUCUGCAUGAAUAUGCGCUCGCGAGCAUGGAUGCGAUGCAGAACUGGUUCUUCUGGACAUGGAAGAUUGGCAAUGCGACGGACGGUGUCGUGCGUGCUCCCUUGUGGUCGUACCAGCUCGGUCUCGAAGGCGGGUGGAUGCCCACGGAUCCGCGCACCUCGAUUGGAACAUGCGCAUCGCUAAACGUGGUCGGGCCGGUGUUCAAUGGCACUUACAGCGCGUGGCAGACCGGUGGACUGGGAGCAGGCACCAUCGAUCCGACUGCCAUCGCGUCAUUCGGCCAGUGGCCGCCCGCGACGAUCUCUCACGUGGCCGCGCCAGUCACGCUUCUGCCGACGUACACCGCCACCGCCACUGUGCGCAGCCUGACGUUCGUGACCCCGACGCCAACGUCAACCGCGACCGGGACCGGCGCUGUGACACGGGUCGCGCCGACAGUGAGUAUCGGUAGCGGGUGGUUCAACUCUGCGGGCUCGUCGGCGGGGGUGACUGCCGUGGCGGGAUGUGUGUACUACGAUGCGUGGAGUGCUUUGAACUCGCCGGCCCCAACGGCUGUUUGUACGGGGGCUUAAUAUGCUUCGUGUACCUUUGGGCAUUGGGUUCUGUAUCUGUUCGGGUUUGUGUGGACAUCAUACCAUAUAUUACUUAUACUGUUAUAUACACUGUUAUCACCUAGCUUGCUAUCCUCAUCCCUAUUGUACGUGUGCGUGUGUUCUAUUCGCGCAGCAUUGGGGCUACUCGCAAUCUCUCAGGAGAUGAAAGACAUACGCACAGCAGCUCGAAUGAGACUUUCGGGCGCGAGCAUGACCCGUGCACGGAUACCAUUCUGGAACGACUGGAUCGUAUAUAAGGGCCUGCACGAAAAAAGAGACGAUUCCCCAGCAACAGAUAUCCAGAUGACCGACGUCUCCGAGUACACUCCCCACGAGCGCGCGUUCCGCAUCGCCAUCCUCAUGAAGAAGCGGGACGACCACACCAAGGAGCAGUUUAUGCAGUACUGGAUCGAGACCCACGCGCCACUGUUCCGGUCACUCGACAUCUGCAAGACGAACCUCAUCAAGUACGAGCAGGCGAGUGCAACAACAGCAUCCUUCCGUUUGUGUUGUGCCGCAUUUCUCAUCGGGACUGAGCGCUGAGCAGUGCCACACCAACGUCUUCGCGCUGAACCAGAUCGUCGAGUCGAAGCUGGGCUCGCUGUGUGACCAGGACGCCCAGAGCGAGUGGGACGGCAUGGCCAUCUUCGAGGGAGAGAGCUUUGCUAAGCUCUUCGAGAUCCUCAUGCACGACGACUUCGAGAAUAUCAUCGUGGCCGACGCGCUCACGUUCACCGCAGCCUUC